GUGAAAAGGGCGGCCUUGGAUCCUCGCAUUUAUCGCUCCCUCCGACGCAUCGCACGCGCGUUGGGCAGGCAUCACCAUUCUCCUCGAGGCCCGAGAGCAUUCGAGGAGGAGAUCCGAAUCCCAGCUCCUCCCACACCGACCAGUACCUGCGGGCUGCGGCCUCCCCACCUCACAUGGCGAGAGAGCCGCAGGCCGCAGGUGGCGCCCGCGGCUAGCUAGUACUAGCGGUGGUAUCCCCUUUCGCCUUUUCAGCUCGUGUUCCUGCGCGCCUUGUCCGCUUUGCUUGUUCGCCUCUCCCGGUCGAGUGAGCUGGCUGGCCGGGUCGGGGGCCGCCGCUUUCCCGAUCCCUCCCACCUGCUCCGCGCUGUCCUACUGCCGAGCUAAAGCGAGGAGAGAUAGAGGGGAGAGAGAAGGCGAGAGGCCAUUGCUUGCUGGGCUGGCCUUCUUCAGUUUUCUCACGGAGAGCGAGUGUGUCCUUGUGUGUUCUUGUGAUGCGCGGCAGUCUCCGUGCACCGGUUUAAUUCCAGAGCUGUCUCUCCAGUGCCAAUGUUGAUAUCUGAAACCUGCACAUGGUGGUAGCCCUCCAAAAGAGGCAGAAAGCAGAAGAGCCACUUUUGAUCUCUUGAGUGGUUCAUGGUUAUGGAUCGUGCGGGUUGGCUCUGGAGGCGCAAGUCAUCGGAUAAGAGCCCCGGGGGUAGCGACAGCUCUAUGUCUGUGUCGUCGCAUUCCGAGCAGUGCUCUGACGAUCAGGAGAUCCCGAGUCCCAUCUCAAAUAAUGCUUUGCCCUGUCAGGGUCAAUCUCCUGAAGCCUUUUCAAGAGAUAAAUAUGAUUACAGCCAAGAAACUGGAACCGCAAGGUCCUUGAACGGCAAGCUAGCAGCAGGGGUGAAUUUAAAUGGUUCCAGUCCAGAGCAUGGUCAAUCAGUAGGACCACAUGUAUCCUCCAAUGUCAGAGACGAAGAGAUCAAGGAGACCGUGAGGAUUUUAAACGAGAAACUCUCUGCUGCACUUCUGACAAUUAGAGCAAAAGAGGACUUGGUGAAGCAGCAUGCUAAAGUCACAGAAGAGGCUGUUGCAGGUUGGGAACAAGCUGAAGCUGAAGUUACUGCUCUGAAGGGGCUACUUGAAGCUUCUUGUCAGAAGAAUACUUCUCUCCAGGAUCAAGUCAACCACUUAGAUGAGGCCCUCAAGGAAUGUGUCAGGCAACUGCGGCUGGCGAGGGAAGAACAAGAUGACAAGAUCCGUGAAAUAGUUUCCAAGAAGUCUCAGGUGCCACAGUCUGAAAACUCUGAGCUCCAAAACCAUAUCGCAGAGCUAAAAAAGCGUCUGGCAUUGACCAGAUCAGAAGCAUCAUCGUCCAUGCUAUUACAACAUAACCUACCAGAAAAGCUUCAGGUAAUUGAGAAAGAGAACUUGGACCUUAAGGCCAAGCUUCAGGCAAUUGAGAAAGAGAAUAUGGAUCUCAAGGCCAAGCUUCUUGUACAGUCCAAGGAUCUGAAGAUACUAAUGUUGGAAAGAGACCUGAGCAACCAAGCAGCAGAGACAGCAAGUAAACAGCACUUGGAAAGCGUUAAAAAGAUUGCAAGGGUUGAGGCAGAGUGCCGCAGGUUACAGCAUCUAACUCGGAAAGUAACAUUGAUCAAUGAUUCUAGGCCUACGCAAAACAAUGGUUGCAUGGAAUCACUGACUGACAGCCAGUCCGACCAUGGGGAGCAUAUGGUGGCUGUAGAUAAUGAUCUGCGAAAUUCUGACUCGUGGGUAUCGGCUUUGAUUGCGGAGCUUGAUCAGUUUAAGAAUGGCAAGGAUGGUUCAAGAAAUCUUGUGAACAAUCCUGUUGAGAUUGACAUAAUGGAUGAUUUCCUUGAGAUGGAAAGGUUAGCUGCAUUGCCUGAAUCAGACCGCACAAGCUCUAACUUUGAAAUGGAAACAGAUUCUGACAAGGCUGUGGCAAGAAGCUUCUCCUUGAAAGUCGAAACUGAAGAAUUGCAAAACCAGGUCACAGAUUUGCAGGAAAAGUUUGGUGCCAUUGAAAGUGAGAAAAGGGAGCUUGAGACAGCACUUAUGGAGGUUAGAAAUCAGCUUGACAUUUCCUGCGAUGCACUAGUGGCGGCAAAGAACAGGCUGGUCGAAAUGCAAAUGCAGUUGGACUUGGCAAAUAGCUCCAAACUUGCAGCUUUGGAAGAUGUGGAGCGUCUGGAUUCUGAGAAGAAGGCUUUGGAGUUGCAGUUGGAGUCCAAGUCUGUAGAAGUUGAGGAACUACUUAUGGCUGUAACUUCGUUGGAAAAGAAUGCAGGGCAGAAAGAGUUAGAGUCGCAGUUAGAACUGAUGUCAGCACAAGCCACAGAGCUUCGCCUUACUAUGGCAUCAUUAGAAGAGAGAAUUCACACUAAGAGGGUUCUUUCUGUGCAGCAUAAAGAAAAGGAGGAGGCUGCGUUGAAUGCUAAGGAAGAACUGGAAGCACAGCUAUGUUUAGCAAACACUGAAAUGGGGAAACUGCAUGACAUUGUCAAAGCACUAGAGAAUGAGGUCAAAAAGGAGAAGGCAUUGCAUGAGGAACUAACAGCACAAUUACAGGUGAAGAUGGAAGCAACUGUUGAUGCAGUUAAACAGUCAUUGGAGGCGCAGUUAUGUUCAGCAAAUGCUGAGGCAGGUAAGCUGCGAGAUGUUGUCAAAGAGCUUGAGAAUGAGGUAGAAAAAGAGAAGGCAUUGCAUGAAGAGCUUGCAGCACAAAUAGAGGUGAAAACUGAAGCGGCAAGAACUGCUGAGGCUGUUAAAGAAUCCUUGGAGGCAAAGCUGUGUUCAGCAAACGCUGAAAUACAGAAACUGCAAGAUAUCAUAAAAGCACAACAGAGUGAGUUAGAAAAAGAGAAGGCACUUUGUGAGGAACUCUCAGCACAGUUAGAGAUGAAGAUUGAAGCAGAGAGAACUCAUUCUGUGGAGUCUGCUAAAGAAUCAUUGGAGGAACAACUCCAGUUAGUGAACUCGGAAGCUGCAAACCUGUGUGAUAUGGUGGCUGCACUUGAGCACGAUGUGGAAAAGGAGAAGUCAUUUUCUGCAGAGCUCCAGAUGCAACUAGAAGCUCUAGAGGCUGUGAAGAAGGUUUUGGAGUCAGAAGCAGAGUCUGCACUUCAGGAUGCCAGAAAUCUCAACCAGAAGGUAGGGUCAUUGGAAGCAAAACUCAAGGAGCAGAUGUCAUCAGCUGAAGAAUUCACUAUCAAGGCAGAGGCUUUACAAUCAGAGAGGAUGGCUAUGGAGCAUAAACUUAAAACAGCAGACAGGGAACUCAUAAAACUGACAAACAAGGUGAGCUUGCUCCAUAGGGAGAUCGAGCAGGAGAGAUUGCUGUCAGAAGAAUAUGAACAGAAAUGUCAAAAGCUGGAGGCUCAGCUGUCAAGAGAUAGUCGGGACGCGAAGCUCUGGCGGCUUGCAAACUCAAAUGGAGAUCUGAAGGUUAAAAAGGAGAAGGAGCUUGUCAACGCAGCUGGGAAGCUUGCAGAGUGCCAGAAAACGAUUUCUUCUCUAGAGCGUCAACUGAAAUCACUGACAGACCUCGACAGUGUGGUGCUGGAGCCUGAAAGGCUUGAAUCCAGCAGGGAGAUGCCAUUGCCACUGGACUUCGGAAAUGGCGAUGCUGAAUUCGCAAUGUUUGCGGAUGACUUGUACGACUUUGAGCUUCCGAACAGCAACACAAGCUGCUUUUCUCCGCUGCCGUCGAUCCAGCCCUCGCCCCCACCCUCAGAGAUGUCAGUGUUCGCAGGGGGGCUCUCGACCCUUAGCAGUUACAGAAGCAAAAGAGCAAGUAGGAGGUGCACCCUCCUCUUCCUCUGCACCGAUCCAUCAUCCUUGAGGGGCCUACAUGCCGCCGCACCUUCUCCAUCAUCAAAAUACAGGAAGUACAUCGUGUUCCUCACGCCGCCACCGGACGCCGCCGCGAUGGACGACGACGCUCGCCGGAGUUGGUACCAGUCUUUCCUCCCUAGCAAUCUGACCGAGUCCGGUGAGCCACGCAUCGUCCACACUUACAAGACCUUGUUCCAGGGCUUCGCCGCCUGGCUGACCGAGGCUGAGCUCGACGCCAUGUCCAAGAAGCCCGGCUUCAGCUCCUGCUCUACAGUUGGCAGUCUUCAGAGGCCUAUCUUGCAAAACUGGACUUCAGGACUUUCCUCUCUCUCCUAUGGCAAUUCCCCAUCAUCUUCUAUCCUUUUGUCCUCUGUCCUCCGAUUAACUCUGAACCAAGAAAUCAAUCACCUUCAACUCGUCCUUGUUCUGGUCGUCGCUCUUCUUCUUCUUCUUCGCCGUUACCGGCGUAUAAAAGCAACAACCCUCGGCCUAUUCACACAACAGCUGGCGACAAGCAGUAGUCCCUUCCCACGCUUUGAGAGUGCCCUGCUAGCUGUGGCUGUCUGCCUGCCGCUCUCAUCGUCGCCGUCCUCCAUGGGCCUCUUCAGCUCGCCAGCGAAGGUCUACAAGCCGGCCGCCGACGUCGACCUCGGCCCCGGCAGCGACGAGUUCUACAUCAGCCCCAAUGUCAAAGCUCCUCGAGUUGCUGGGCUCCUGGUGAAGAUCUUCGUGUGGAUCCUGGAGAUGCCGAUCGUCGGGCAGAUUGUACUCUACAUCCUGAAGAAGGACAAUCUCAUCAACAAGCUGGUAUCUGACGCCGACAUCCCGGAGCCGCCGUUGUUCACGGCAACCCACAACUGGGAAGACAUUCCUGAGCAGAACGUGGUGCUGACCAAGCCCGACCUGUCGGCGGCCGAGCGGGUCCAGGAGGCCGUCGGCUGCCUCCCGGCGCGGCUGGAAGCCACGCUCGCCGCCGACGCGCCGUUGUCGGGUCUGAAGCGGUGGACGAUCCGGGACUUCUACGACGCGUACAGCUCGGGGGAGACGACACCUGUUCAGGUGGCGACGAGGUUCAUGGCGGCGGUGAAGGAGAGCUCGGGGCCUGGCCUGAACAUGGCCUUCUUCAUCAGCUGCGACCCCGAGGACGUGAUGAGGCAGGCCGAGGAGUCCACCCUGAGAUACCAGAGAGGUGCGCCGCUGUCGGCGCUUGACGGCGUGCUGGUGGCGGUAAAGGACGAGAUCGACUGCGCGCCGUACCCGACGACGGGCGGGACGCGGUGGCUGGCCGCGGCGCGCCGGUGCGAGGCGGACGCCGCGUGCGUGGCGCAGCUGCGGGCCUGCGGCGCCGUCCUCGCCGGCAAGGCCAACAUGCACGAGCUCGGCGCCGGCACCAGCGGCAUCAACCCGCACCACGGGUCCGCGAGGAACCCGUACAACGCCGGCAAGAUCGCCGGCGGUUCCUCCAGCGGCUCGGCCGCCGUCGUCUGCGCCGGCCUCUGCCCCGUCGCCCUCGGCGUCGACGGAGGCGGUUCCGUCCGGAUGCCGGCGGCGCUGUGCGGCGUCGUGGGGUUCAAGCCCACCGCCGGCCGCCUCUCCAGCGCCGGGGUGCUUCCGCUCAACUGGACGGUCGGGAUGCCGGGGAUCUUGGCGGGGACGGUCGAGGACGCCCUCGUCGCAUACUCGGCGAUCGUCGAUCAGUCCCAGCCGUCCUACUUGCGGCCUGAACUGAAUCUGCCUCAGCUCAAGUCCAGCAUGUCCAUCAACAACAUCAAACUUGCAAAAUAUGCAAAGUGGUUCAACGACAGUGCCGAGGACAUCAGGAGCUGCUGCGACAAGGCUCUCAAGACGCUGCAAGCGCACUACGGCUGGCAGACCGUGGACGUGACCAUUCCUGAGAUCGAGGAGAUGCGGCUGGCGCACUACGUCACCAUCGGCUCCGAGUGCACGACGUCGCUCGCCAAAUACCUCGACAAGCUGAAGAGGUCUGAGAUCGGCUGGGACGCCAGGGUCGCGCUGAGCGUCUACGGUUCCUUCAGCAGCAGAGCCUACCUGAACUCGCAAAGAAUUCGGAACCGGCAGAUGUACUUCCACAAGGAGAUCUUCAAGACCGCCGACGUGAUCGUCUCGCCGAUGACCGGUGUGACCGCCUACACGCUGCAAGACGACGCGUUCGACACCGGGGAACUGGACUACAUAAACGGAGCCGCGCUGGUCCGCUACUCCAUCGCAGGGAACUUCCUGGGCCUGCCGGCCAUCACCGUCAAGGUCGGGUACGACAAGGGCGGGCUCCCCAUCGGGCUCCAGUUCAUCGGCCGGCCGUGGUCCGAGGCGACCCUGCUCCACAUCGCGUUCGCGAUGCAGGAGGCCUGCGCCAAGGGCUACAAGAAGCCGGCGGUGUUCUACGAUCUCCUCAAGAAAGAGUGACAGCGACCGACGAGCGCGGAGGGGAUCUCCAGCUCCGUCCGUUGCCAUUUUUCAUGUUUCUUCCAUCUGUUGCCAUUUUGCGGGUAUUCUGGGGAAACAGAGGCGAUCAGCAGCUGCCAUCAUGCGAUGGUAUUUCACUGCUUCUUUGUUUGUCUCGUCAUCAGAAAAAAAAAAGUGGCGGAUGAGGCUGCAUGUGGAGGCGUCUGACGUCGCCACCAAUCGUGUUGUUCUA